UGUUGUUUGAUGGUUGUUUGUCAUUGUCAAACUUUGAAGUGGUUGUGCACUCGUGAGUGGUUGGUUUUUAGUUUUUACUUUUAGAAUGUUUUAAAGUUUACACGUUUUCACGUGGUGUACACACGCUUUAUUUAAAUACUGCUCAAAUAAUAUUUUCAUUAAUUUGUACGGGUUGUGUGUUUUUGUUGAAUUAUAAAUUAUAUUUGGAUACCUACGUUUAUCCUAAGUACUUAAAUAAUUACUGCUCAACUAAUAAGCAUACAAUGUCUCUACCGGUAGAGAAUAACGAGCAAAACGAGAAUUUAACUAACAAUCACAAUAAUGUCGUGAGCACCGCACAUCAACAAGUUAACUCCGAAUGUAUGAUUUCGACACCACAAGCUAUGUCCCAUGUCUCAGGAGAAGUAAUGUUGACCCCCACACAUCGAACAUUCACUCCACAAGCGCAUUCUGCCAACCCCCAUAGUUCAAUGACUGCCAUUACUCCCAUGGCUAGUGCAGUUAGCCAGGCAAAGAGUAGCAUAAAAUUACAGAACUGUAUAUCUACAGUCAGUUUAGGUUGUGAACUGAAGCUUUUGGAUAUUUAUUGUAGAACAAGAUAUUCAGAGUAUACACCAUCUAGAUUUAAUGGUGUUGUUAUGAAAAUUUUGGAACCUCGUACAACUGCUUUAGUUUUUAGAUCUGGUAAAAUUGUAUGCACAGGAGCAAAAAAUGAACAUGAUGCUUAUGUUGCUGCAAGAAAAUUUGCAAGAAUUAUACAAAAACUUGGUUACCCGGUAAAAUUUCUCAAUUUUAAAGUACAAAAUUUUAUUGGAACAGCAGAUUUAAGGUUUCCAUUAAGAUUGGAGGCACUACAGCAAGCACAUGGCCAGUUUACUUCUUAUGAACCAGAAUUAUUUGCAGGCUUAGUAUAUCGAAUGAUACGACCUAGAGUUGUGCUACUUAUUUUUGUAAAUGGCAAACUUGUUAUUACAGGUGGAAAAACGAGGAAUGAAAUAUAUGAGGCAGUAGAUAUUAUACACCCCAUACUUAGAAGUUUUAAGAAAAACUGAAUUCUCAAAACAUCAAAUCCAUAGAAAGGAUUGAAUAAUGGAUUAAAACUAGACAAUUGAUAUAGCAUAAAUAAAAACAUUCUAUACCUUGAAGUGGCUUAAGACACAUGCUAUUCUCGCCAGUUAUUUAUUUUUUAUACACUUUAAAUAAGUUACAUUAAUUUAAAAUAAAAAUAAUGUUAAAUGAAAUAUA